AUGCGGUCCAAUCCGGAUACUGACUGCUUCAGAGUAGUGCAGAAUUGGAGCGGGCAGUAUUUUUUGGACUAUAACCCGAACCGUUUCCCAGAAAUUCUUCUCCCGAAUCAGCGGUCGUCAACACAGUAUCCCCGGUUCGCGUGCUUCCUGGGCCGUCAAAAGAAGAACCGGGCAUUGCGUUAUCUAUUCGCUCACCAUCCCACCCCAGGAUCCCUUGGCUUCCAGCUGCAGGUAGACCAUAGUACACGGUACUCGCACCACCCCAUUCUGUUCGGCCAUGGGAAUCCAUUGCUGCCUCCUGAGCGUCAGGAGUAUGGAAAACCACACCGGAAAUGGAUUCCGAUACCUUGGGCGUCCGACUUAGAUUUGCCCGUGAUGGACAUGCUUCUUUCCCGACUGGUCUUUCCAUGGGCCGAUGUGGUCUGUCUCUUUGCUGAUGACCUGGGCGGCCUGGAAGGUGUACGAACCAUGUUAGCGAGUCUGUCCCUGGCUGGGCCGGUGGCAACAGUCCGUGUCUUCCCACGGGUCCUUGUUGUGACGGAGACAGCGGAGGUGCGAAUCGCCCACGGCCUGCAGGAUGAAGACACCUUUGUGCAGGACGUGAUGCGGGAUCCUAAAGUAUCCGAAGCUUUCUCCUCGGUUCAUCUACUUCACCUACCAGGAGCCACGGAUCUAUCCGAGGAAGCUCGCCACCGAUGUCUAAAAGAGGCAGUGCUCAAAGGUUUGGACCUCUCACAGCGAGCACGCCGCGAUGAAUUCACACUGUUCACAUCAUCUCACUUAGAGGCAUUGUUUGGUGCGGGCAUCCAGCACCUUGGCCAAACCAUCCAAGCCCCUUUCGAUGUUAUAGGAGCGGCCUACCAAAACCCACAAGGAUUACACCUGCCAGCACCAGAAGAUCGGACUCAACAUCUGGCGCACUUUUUAACGCAAGCGAAAGCCGUUCCGCUGGAUAUCCAAAAUGCUAUAAUUGCAUCCACCCUACUGGAGGAAUCGUUUCCUCUGGGCAUGCAUGAUUUUGCUCCGGUAAAGCUAUUCCACCGCAUGCAUCGAGAUAUCUGUGUCCAGGCAUUACAACAGAUCGCGACAGUCCCGGACGUUGCAGAUAAACGUUGCACAGAAAUCGCAAUUCUGUUUGCAAUAUUCCACGAGCAGAUGAUCCAAUGUGGCUGCUCCGCACAGGACGUUCAUGCGGAACAACUGGGCCGCUGGCAACCAAUCUGGGAGGGACUUAACACGAACCGGACAUGUCUCUAUUGCCUGGGCCGGGCACCCCAGUCUCCACUGCGCUGCGGCCAUGCACUUUGUGACAUCUGCGUGGAGCGGACGGGGCACCCGGUUGCAAGUCGCGAAUCCAUCUAUAUUGUGAAGAAAUGCCCGCUGUGUCGUCAUCCUGGUUUGACCACCAUUUCCCUCCUUCCCAAAACGGCCGCCGUGCGGGCUCUCACCGUCGAUGGUGGAGGCAUUCGCGGGAUCAUCCCCCUGCAGCUGCUGAAGGAGAUGCAAGAUCGACUGGGACCAGACUGUCCAUUUCCUGAUCUAAUUGACGUGGCAUUCGGAACCAGUGCAGCAGGCGGAAUAACUGUGCUGGAUAUCUUUCCGUUGCAGCAAUCGAUAACGGACUGUUAUGCAGCGUUCCUACGUUUUUUCGUCGAAUUCUUCCACGCCCAACAACAGGAGCAUGUCCGUGUUGUACCCUCCUGGCCGCUCCGGGCAGUCCGGGGAGUGUUAGGCCUGGGAAUGUAUGCUGUUGGUGCACUAGAAUCCAUGUUGCGCCAGCAUUACGGAACAACCCAGCGCAUGUUUGAGGUCUCGUCCUGUAGUUUUGGCACCAAGGUAGCCGUGACGACAGCUGCAACUGAGAGCGCGGCUCUUGUGACGAAUUAUCGGGCCGCCCGCCGGCGGCCACCGGCGUCAGGUAUUCAUUACCAAGUAAUUGAAGCCGCUGCACUGUGUGAUGAGCCCUUGAUCUGGCAAAGUGCUCGCGCAACAUCGGCUGCACCAUGGUUUUUCCGCGCCAUGCACCUUCCACCGCUGGGCAACUGUUGGGACGGUGGGUUACUCCAUAACUGCCCCGCUGACCUGUGCCUCCAGGAACUCAAUCACAUAUGGCUAUGGAAACCUCCUCUGGGUAUCCUAUUGUCUCUCGGGACCGGGACUUCCGUGAACGAGGGGCCGCAGGCCAGACAGGCAAUGUCCCAAGGGCUCCCAGUCCAACGGGAGGGUUUCGUGCGAAAAAUGUUUAACACCUGUCUUCAAUCAAUGGAUGCAGACGCGGCCUGGUCUCGCUUACUCAACGGACUUGACAUAUCAACGCGAAACCGAAUGCUGCGUUGUAAUGUGUCAUUAUCAAACUCCAUUCCCGCCAUCGAUGCGAUUGAUUCAGUAGAUGAGAUGACCCGACAGGCCGUGCAUCAGGGUAUCGGUGGUAUUGGGCAGCGAGCACUCCUGCUGCUACUGUCAAGCAGUCUGUUCUUUGAAUUGGAUAGCGCUCCCAUGCGUGACGGACCGGCCGGGCCGUAUCGAUGCACGGGUACCGUGCGAUGCCGUAUGGCUGGGUCAGUGUUUGUCAAUGCUCUUCGGCGGUUGCACACAGGUCGCAUGGAAUAUCUUCUCAACGACACCCCUUUAGGCCUGGAUCCUACCGCGGGGGCAGUGUGUAUGGAGUGCUCGCGGUAUAGUUUACCCGUGCGCUUCCUGGUGCCGACAUUGGAUGAAACCAUUACCAUGUCCAUUUGCCUCGAUAAUAGCCUACGACUCAAUGUUGGGGGAUUUCCUAACGCACCGCGAUGGUUCAUGGACCAACAAGGCCUGUCUGCUUGCUUUGGGCUUGCCAAUCACGGGAGACCAACCCGUGAUCAUUGUACAUGCUGCGCGAGGCGAAGAGGCGAUCGUAGCGCACUACGGGCUGCGCAGCUCCAUAGUCGCAAUGGACGAGCCACUCGGCUAUGCGGUAUUCCGUAG